UGCUUUUGCAACAAGGGGGAGUGCCCAGUGCGCUACGCUAGUUUGGUCGUAUAUUAUUGUAGUACGCCGUCACAGCACUGUCAGCUUCAUACAUAUUUGCCGUCGCAAAUGCUUUGGUUCCGCUGAUGGCCGACUCGUGCACUCGUGUGCAAUCUUCUUAACAGCGCAUGAUGCUUUGACAACAAAUUCAACAAAAAUUCUGUCUCAUUCAUUUGCGAUUAUGUUUUGGAAAGUGAAAAUAGCUAUAGUGCGAACAUUAGACAGCAUUUGACCAUUUGUUGUGGUGUUAUGAAAUUCCAUUUUGUUUGGAAAAUUUUUAUAUCCUUGAGCCACAUUCAUCGUGCAUUCAGUUUGUGCUUUGGAAUUAUUUUAUUGUUAAAUCGUUAACGUUAUCUGAUGCGGAAACUUAUCACUUAUGGAAUGAUUCCCUUUAGCUUACGCCCUGCUUGAGAAUCAACCGGCCAGUUUCCCUAAACUGCUACGUGGUUUGCCAUCCAGUAACGGAAUUUUUUACAACAGCAUUUUUUACUGUACAAGGACAAAAUUUGUCCUGAUGUUGAAUGGUGUGGUGCUUCGGCUUCCAGUAUCUUGUAUCCGUCCUGGGUAAUUAGCAGCAGCUGAAUAUCAUAACCUUGUUACAUUGUUGUGGACCGCUCCGGAAAUGUAUUGAUUGAGGUGUGUGUAUUUGACUGUGCCGCGCUGCACAGCAUUUACCGAUUUACUAUUCUGACUGGCUAAUUGCCCCAUUUGGCCGACAAUUAAGGUGGCAGAUGUGGAAUGCGAAUAAAUGGCUGGGACUUGAAUGCGGCUGCUCGGGCUAUUAAAAUGUGUAUUGGUAUCCGUUAAAUUUAUUUCUCGGGAAAUGGAUAUUCCAACGCGGAAGUUAUAGCACGUCUGUUACCUGUGCCGUGAUUUGUUUAUUUUUUUGCCCUAAUUUGCCAGUGAGGCGAUUUGUUUGGACAAGCUGUAUACAGAGGAGUCUUUAUAUUUCUUGCCACUGCAUUUGACCAUGGCGGACCCGGCGUCAGUUUAUGAGACUGUUCUGGCUGAACAGGAAAAAUUUGCUCAGUUGACUGAACAGUUAGCAGCCGAAAGACGGAGCGUCGCUAACCAGCUCGAAAAGGUGCGGUUAUCGCGAGACAGCGGUAUGUCCGGUUCGGGCUAUUUGGACGACGGUAAUACCGGUUAUCGAGGAUGGAACAACGUCGGUCCAGCGAUACCGGAAGAUUACGAAAACGAUCCUACUGAUCCGGUAUUGAUCAACCGAAAAGUCGACACCAAAGUCGAUAAAAAAGUUUACCGAUCGGAGCGGAUACAGAGGCGAGUGAUUGGUGAUUCUGGCUACGGGGCUGACGGAUCGUGCUACCCGCAGGAUGAGGUGCCUAUUCACGAAUCGCGAUACACGACCACUCAUACCAACUGUCAGCCCAAUCCAGAUCUUCUGGAUAAUGGAUCGUUAGGCUCAGAUCCUAACCUAGUUAGCCGCAACACUUCCAGCACCACCACCCAAGAGGUGACAACGGUGACCAAGGUGUACCGCACCUAUGAGCGUGUCCCCAAUGAAACCCUUUCGUCGGGAAUUAACAGUCGUGACUAUGACUAUCCCGAAGAGUACCUUGCCGACUAUGAAUCCCAGUUGUAUGCACGGCCCUACCGGAAAUAUGGGUCACCCAAGCGAUUUGAUUAUGUCAAUGGAACGGCGCAUGGGAAUGCGACGGCGGCUGCUGUUCCGACGACCAACGGGGAUGUUUUCGAUCGCAGUGAUUUGUAUGGCAGUACGCAUUCCACCAAGGGGUCCAGUCGCAAAUCUCGUCCUUCCGGUCCACAUGACGAUGUUGGAUUAUAUGGAUCAUAUCUGAGUGACCAGUUGGUUGUUGGUGAUUAUUCGGGAUCGCCGACUGCAGAGAUCGACGGUGGCAGUAGAAUGGCCCCGGCCGAGCAUACCAACGGGACCUCAUCGCGGGCCAAUUCGCACCCCCAUGUACAGCCCAUUACCCAAUAUCGUGAUCCCGAAUUACCGGAAGUGAUUGAAUUCCUCCGCAAUCCUUCCAACGUGAUCAAAGCCAAUGCGGCGGCGCAUCUGGCCCAUCUGGCCUUUAACAAUGACCAAGUCAAACAUCUCACCCGCCAACUGCAUGGCAUCCCGCCGUUGCUGGAGAUGCUGGGAUCCAAUAUUCCGGAACUGCAGCGGAAUGCCUGUAGUGCAUUGAGGAAUCUCGCGUUUGGCAGAGAGAAUGAUGAAAAUAAGAGAGCAGUACGGAGUAGCGGGGGAUUGGCUACAUUAAUCAAACUCCUCAAGCAGACCCAUGAUAAUGAGAUUGGCGAGCUGGUAACGGCCAUUUUAUGGAUCUUGUCGAGCUGUGAUGAACUGAAGAAACCGAUACUGGACGAAGCCUGUCCGAUGCUGAUAAAACAGAUUAUUAUCCCCCGAUCCGGCUAUAAGCAGCGUUCUGCACACUCCGCUGAUGCCGGGCGUCCAGUAUUGUAUAGUUCCACUGUCUUUCGCAAUUCGAGCGGCGUUUUAAGAAAUGUGAGCUCGGCUGGUUUUCAAGCGCGAAAGACACUGCGUGAGAGUGAAGACUUCAUAGGAGCAUUACUCUUCAUAUUGAAGGAUGCCGUGAACAAUCAAGACAAUGAAAAUAAGAGUGUGGAGAACGUCGUCUGCAUAUUACGCAAUCUGUCUUUCCGCUGCCAGGAAGUCGAAGAUCCCGAUUAUGAUAGGAAGCGGCAGCCUAAAAAUAAAAAGGGAAACAAGGACAAAGGAUCAGCGAGUGCUCCCGGAAGUCUGAAUGGGACCCCUGCCAAGAAUACCGUAUAUACCAACUUGAAAGGCAUGGAUGCGCUGUGGAGUCUGGAAAGUAUUCAAGCCUAUUUGAACUUGAUACAAAAGUCAGCCAACCUUGACACGAUAGAAGCAGCGGUUGGAAUUCUACAAAAUCUUUCGGCAUGUUUUUGGCAGCCGGCAAUGGAAGUGCGGGCUACUGUACGGAAGGAGAAAGGUCUUCCAGUGUUGGUGGAGUCGUUGAGGAUAGAUAACGACAAAGUGAAGUGCACUACAUUGCGUGCCUUUAGGAAUCUUGCCGUUGACCAGAGAAACCGUGAAUUGAUUGGCAAGUACGCCAUGGGUGAUUUGGUUCAAAAAAUCCCCGGUCCGCCUGCCCAUCCCGACAGUCAUAGCAUUGUGCCGGCUGUGCCAACAUCCGAAGAGACCAUGGCUGCCGCUCUGGCUACCGUUAACGAAGUUGUCAAAAAGCAUCCGGAAUUUGCUCGGGCUUUCUUGGACUACAAGGGCGUGGAGAAACUCGUGUACAUCACAACCCAUUAUAGCCAGUAUUCCAGUAAAAUCGUCCGAUUCGCCUUCCUGGUUUUGCAAACAUUAUGGAGUCAUCAGAGCCUACACGAAGUGUAUAGGUCAGCCGGCUUUAAGGAAUCACACUUUCUCUCUAAACCACCCAACAUGGGAACCAAAACACUGGGUGGAACGGACACCCUGGGCCGGACAUUCAGCUCACAAGGAGCUACAAAGUUCGAAGACAAAACGUUGCCGAGAGGAAUGAUGCCUGAUGACCAGGAUUCUGGUGUGCCAAUGAACGGGACCAGUUCCUCGCGGGUUCAAAGUGGCGGAGGUCGGCUCUCGGAACCGGUGUACGCACAAGUCAAUCGAGCUGAGAAGAUCCGUCUGCGCCAAAUGCGGGACAACGGCGACGGGUCAGCCGAUAUGAUGUCGGAAGAUGGGAUGGGUGGUGAUUCUUGGGUGUAGAUUGGGGAUAAAGAGGAUUGUACCGUUGUUUGUUGUCUCAUAGUUGGGUUACAAUUAAAAUGUUCUCUGUCUUCCAGCAGCUAUAAACGCGCUUUUACUGUUCGGAAAGGUUACUGAAGUGACCAUACCUGUUGUUGACAUGUUGCUACUCAGAUUGAGAUUUCUGUUUUUAUUGUUGAUUUUAGUAUCGUCACUGCUAACUUCCAAGUCAUGAAGAAGCAGCCACAUACAAGAAAUGAAAUUUUUUUCCACAAGUAAUCGCAAAUAUGCUUUACGGAGACAGUUAAA